UGACAACCAGUGGCUAAUAAAUAUGGACCCAGGAAAGGUUAAGCUGCUACAGAACCAGCCUUACGACGAGAGCGUUGAAGUAAGCGACGCUGAAGAAGUAGUGAGUACAAAUCCAACCCCCAGGAUGUCAAAGCCACAGUCAGGAAUAGAAGAGGAAGAGGAUGGAGGGGUGGAAUAUCCAAGGGAUGGUAGUGUCCCGCAGGCAUCAGGCAUGAUGUAUGAGGAUGAGGAAGAAGAUGAAGAGACCAACGAGGAAGAGGAGAGCGAGGAGGAGCAAGAUAAUGGAGGAAUACAACAAACAUUGACUGGUGGCUAUGAUCCAAAUGAAUAUGAAAAUUUACAAGUUUCUCCUGAGAUCAGAGAGCUCUUUAAGCACAUAUCCAGAUACACUCCUCAAAACAUUAAUCUUGACUGUCGUCUGAUUCCCUUUGUACCGGAGUACAUACCUGCCAUUGGAGACAUUGAUGCUUUCAUUAAAGUAACAAGGCCUGAUGGAGCUGGUGACCGAUUGGGAUUGACUGUACUUGAUGAGCCUUCAACCAAACAAUCAGAUCCACAUGUCUUAGACUUACAAUUGAGGACACAUGCAAAGCAGUCACUGGAAAAACCAGCACCUGUGCAUAAUAUCAAAAACCCAGAAGCAGAAAGCAAGACACUAGACAGUUGGAUAGAAAAUAUCAAGGAGCUACACAGACAAAAACCAGCCACUAAUGUUCAUUAUACAAGAAAUAUGCCUGACAUUGAAACACUGAUGCAAGAAUGGCCUUCAGAUUUUGUAGAAUCUUUAAAAGAAGUUGGCCUACCUAAUGCUGAGCUUGAUUGUAAUCUAGAGGAAUUUGUAGACAUAAUGUGUGGUUUGCUUGAUAUUCCAGUGCGUGGAAACAGAAUCCAUUCGCUUCAUGUCCUCUUCUCUCUCUUCAUGGAAUUUAAAAACUCACAGCAUUUCACUAACUAUAUACCACCUACAUGAAUGCACAUUUAAAAUCAACAACAACAAUAAUCAUAAAAAAUUGCAAACAAUAGCAAGUGCAAAGUAAAAAAAAUUGCACAAUAAAAAAUUGCACAAUAAUGGUCAA